CUUUGGUGCAGUCGCCGACCCUUUAGCUUAAUGAGAUAAGGGGUCUCAAUAAAAAGGAGUGAUCUUCCUACCACCAUUACCCUCAUCUCACGGAUCUUGCCCCUCUCUUCUCUGUGCCCUCUGUGUUUCUGUCUCUCUGUUCCUUUCUUUCUUUUCUUAUUUUCCAUACACAUAUUAUAUAUAAUAUAUCCUCUCUGCUUAUACUCCUAGUAUUAUAUAAGGCCUAGAGACAACAUUCAUUGCAAUUGGCAGCACAUAAUUCAAAGGGCAAUGGCCUCUUGGAAGAAGACCAUCACAACUCCAUUCAAAAAGGCUUGCACUGUAUUUAAACAGCAGCAACCACCAAGGGAUCAAAAGAAGUCUCAAACAGAGCAAGAGAGGCAAGUAAUGGAUCUGCAGGGUGAAGUGAUGGCAUGUGGGUAUGAAGAUGUUCAAGUGAUGUGGUCUAUUCUGGAUAAGUCCAAAUCCACAAACUGCAAUAUAACCUCUUCAACCUGACCCAACCAAUCAAAAACAAGAAAGUGGCACUUCAGCAAUUAGCGAAUGUUUUUGUAUGCUAAUGUUUAAGGUCAUAAUUGCAUCAUACUAGCAUAUCAUUAUCUGGUAUGAAUGUAAUUCUCAUUCUCAUCGUAGAAAAUGAAAAAAAAAAAAGAAAAAGAAAAAAGAAUGAUGUGUAGUGUAGGUGUUUAAGUUUAAUACUAGUAGGAUUUAACGAGUGUCACUGGUUUUCAUGGUGAAGAGAAGACGGUGGCGGUGUCUGUGUUGUAAUUGUAAGUCAAAAUGUGAUGGUGUACUGUAGGGAAUCCCCAUGAUUGAUGAGAGAAAAUCAUGGCGAGAUUAUGAUAUGAUAAAUAGUAGAUUAGAUUCUUUUCACUUCUCUCUGUCACUAGUCAAUGGUCAAUGUUAAAAUCUCCAGACUUAGAAAAUAUCUUAUAGUAGUGGACAGCGUGUUCGACUGGUUAA